AUGCUGGUCUGGAUAUGGUCAGUUAGCCUCUUGACUGCAAUAUAUCUCUACUUCCGGCAAGUUUAUGGCUUCUUUAAAAAUCGAGGUGUGAAGACAACGGGAAUUAUUCCACCUUUCGGCACUAUAUGGAGCGUUUUGGCACAGCGAGAGCAUAUUAGUGACCAAAUUAUCAAGACCUAUAACCAAUUUUCAGACCAGAGGUUCUACGGUUCGUUCCAAUUAGUGAAGCCGAUGGUACAGGUGAGGGAUAUCGAGCUGAUCAAAAAUAUUAGUAUCAAGGACUUCGAGCAUUUCCUCAACCAUAACCAAUUCCUCAACACAGAGAUCGAACCGGUUUUUGGAAGAAAUCUUUUCGGUUUAACAGGACAAGAAUGGAAGGACAUGCGAUCGACCCUCAGCCCUGCUUUCACCAGCUCCAAAAUGAAAAUGAUGCUGCCACUGAUGGUAGAGGUCGGAGAUCAGAUAAUUGUACCGCUUGAGAAAAAUAUCCAGGCAUCUGAACAAGGUUAUUUGGAUGUGGAUGUGAAAGACCUAAUGACCAGAUACGCGAAUGACGUAAUUGCAUCUUGUGCCUUUGGCCUGAAGGUGAAUUCUUACGUGGACGAAAACAACCAGUUUUACGCGAUGGGAAAAAUCCUUUCUAAUUUCUCUUUGCGUCAAAUGUGUUUGCUUUUCUUGGCGCUUUGUUUUCCGAAGUUCAUUAGAACAUUAAAAUUGACUCUGUUCCCCAAGGCGGUAGAGAACUUCUACAGGACGCUGGUGACGGAAACGAUGCAAACCAGGGAGUUAAAAAACAUCGUUCGGCCUGACAUGAUACAUCUGCUAAUGGAAGCUAAGAAAGGAAAAUUGACGUACGAUGAAAAAUCAAGCCAUGUCAAGGAUGCUGGCUUUGCCACCGUCAAAGAAUCGUCUGUUGGUCAGAAGAAAAUCACCAGAGUAUGGUCCAACGACGACUUGUGCGCCCAAGCCAUUCUGUUUUUCGCCGCUGGUUUCGAGAGCGUAUCUUCUACAAUGUCUUUUCUGCUGUACGAGCUGGCUAUCAAUCCUGAUAAGCAAAAGAAGCUGUACCAGGAAAUUAAAGAGAACGAGGUCAAAAACAACGGGAAAUUUGACUAUACUUCUAUACAGAAUAUGAUUUAUAUGGACAUGGUGGUCUCUGAAAUAUUAAGAUUAUAUCCGCCCAGCAUUAUCUUAGAUAGAUGCUGUACCAAUAACUACAAUUUGGGCAAACCUAACGACUAUGCCACUGAGGACUACAUUAUCCGCAAAGGUGAAGGUAUUCAGAUCCCCGUGUGGGCAAUUCACCGCGAUCCUCAAUACUUCCCGAGGCCGGACAAGUUCGAUCCUGAGCGGUUCUCUGAAGAGAACAAGUACAACAUCCAGCCUUUCACUUAUAUGCCAUUUGGACUUGGACCUAGAAAUUGCAUUGGUUCAAGAUUUGCCCUAUGUGAAGUGAAAGUAAUGGCUUAUCAAAUCAUAAACCUCUUUGAAAUAUCGCCAUCGAACAGAACGACUAUACCUCCCAAGCUGGAUCCCUCUUCGCACAAUAUUCGCUUAAAGGGGGGUCAUUGGAUCCGAUUUAAGACUCGGAAAUAGCCGUAAAUAAAAAUUGCCAGAAACCAGAACUCUACGCGAACGAAGCAACAUGGUGUUCGUGUAAAAAUAACAAUCAUAGUGUUGGGCUUAAAUAAUUUAUAAGUUUUUAUUAAAAAAACCCGAACUCAAAAAUUUAUAUAUAAUCCCUUUUUGCUGUCAUUUACUUCCGUUAAGUGUUAACGGAAAGAAGGUGAAAUUCAAUAAACUAGAUUCAGUUUCAUUCCAACAAAAAAAAAACCUUGAAAUCGGUUCACAAAUAUCGAAGUAAUCGUGUAGCACACCGCGUAAAAAAUACGGACAAAUUGAAAACCUUCCCCUUUUUUGAAGACGUUUAAAAAUUACGUUCGUAUUUAGAAUCUGUGCUGUGCUUUUGUAUGUACUCGACAUGUAAAAUGUACGACACGUAGUUUUCUUAUUUCGCGCAGUACAUACCUUAGAGAUGUGCGCUGCGCCGCCACAUCUCUAACAAUUUUUUAAUGCCGCCUGAUGAUUUUUUUUUAUUUUACUUUGUUAAUUACAAACUUUCGUACCAUUAAAAUCUUCUCUACUCUUCUUAUUAAUUUAAUCUUAUUAUACUAGAUUUAAAUUAAGAUCGUUUUUUAUUUGUAUUAGUUUUGUAAUGAUACUAUUAAGUACAU